GACCGGACUGGCGCGUUUUUGAAAGAGCAAGAGACGUCAAGAAACAUGUAUUUUGUAUUUCUACUCAGACGAACAAUUCGGGAAAUAUCAGUUUAACGGUUUCCACUUCGCGUUCACACACCUGUGGCGGACAUGUUGGGAAUGUACGGAGCACUUCUGGGACUUGUGAGGAGCGAAGCUGCGACGAGAGUAGCAUCUAACGACGUCUGCUAGCUUGUUGUUUUACGGUGAAAUUUAUAUGUGUGGUGGCAACACACAGAGCUGUCCGCCUCACACAAUGAACUUUGCCUCUGUUGUUCACUCACAAACACGGGGAAGUGAAUAAGAAACGGAAAGAAGACGGUCUAAGAAGUUGCAGCAAGUUACCGGGUCGGUUUUAUCGGUCACAUUAUGGCUGGCGUUGUGGCUAUGGCAUCUAUCAUUGAGGACUUUGACACCCAGCCUUGCAAGAAAUCUCGCAAAGAUGGUGGCAGUCCUGUUGUCAAGACAAUCACAAACUACUUCUCUCCGGUGCCCAAGCCUGCGGAGAAACCUUUUUCACCUCCUCGCUCCAACAACAUCAUGGACUACUUCAGCCGUAAGGCUCCGUCCUCUAAAGAAAAGACCAGCUCACCUGAGCAGUCAAAAGAGAACUGUCAGACGUCUCCACCUGCAGAAAAACACACCAGACCAGAGGCAGCAGUGAAACAGCCAUCUCAGAGACGGAGUAGAAAAGCCAGCAAAGCUGCAAGAAAACUUGUGGAAGCUGAGGCGGUUAGCUCCACAGAUGAGGCGAGCUGCAUUAUUGUAGAGGAACCAGCAGAAGCAGUCAGCAGCUGUGGUGUUUUUGGCAGUGAUACAGCAGCACUGAUGGCCCAGUUCAGUGCUGAGGCUUCUACCGGAGAAUCAGAAAGGAAUGCCACUAAGACUGUCAGUGUUGAGCCGGCUAAAGAAUAUGAAGAUGUCAAACUUCAUCCAGAACUUAACAGCAUUGAAUUAUCUCCAAUUGUACCAUCAAAAGAUAAAGUCAAACCCACUGCACGAAACUCUAAAAAGGCAAAGCAUUCAGAAGCAGAGGAGAAAGAAAAAGAGAGCUCCUUGUGUGAUGUUAGUAUGGAGGUCAACGUGGAUGAGGCCUCACAGUUAAACAACAGCACGGUCACAAUCUCCUUUGAGGAUUUUGUGCGGAGUCAGAGCCAGGACGGGGGUGAAGAGGACAUGGAAGAUGAACAGGGCAAAGACGAUGAAAGUAAAAUCACAACAGAGGCAGAAGCAAUGGACACUGACCAGUUGGACAUCCCUAAAGCUGAAGAACAUGUGGGUUCUGCGGAGCCACCUUUUCAAAUCUCACCCCGAACCGUCACCAUCCAGGCUGAAGUACAUGCAGUCUCACCCAAACAGGAAGCCAACAAGGCAGGGCCAAAGGUAGCUUCCAUCUUCAACAGGAAAAAAGGGGCGACGAGCCCUGCAGAGGUUGUAACGUCUCCUCACACAGAGGCUGGACACCAGCCCCCUUCUACCUCUGUGACUGUCAAGCGUAAAUCCAAUGUGGUUCUUCAAGAGGAAGAUCUAGAGCUGGCUGUGCUUGAGAGUGAAUCCAUGCCCAAGUGCAGUGAGGCAGAGAGGAAGCAGUUCAUGGCGGCCUUCAAACAGCCCGGUCUGGAUGUGUCCAAAACCAAGCCUGGUAAGGUCCAGGGCAAACAGAAGCAACCAGGAGAGAAGGCUUUGGACGAUGCGGACAAAGUUGCAGAAGAAGACGCUGUAACUCCAGCCUCUGUUGAGCAAGUCCCUGCUGCUUCUCGGGAAAACAAAGUAGCUAAGAAGUCCGCUGCUUCUCGGGAAAACAAAGUAGCUAAGAAGAAGCCAGCAAGAAAAGGCAGAAAGAAGGCAGUAGAAGAGAAGGAGGCAGUCACCACCCCACCUGGUGCUCCUGCUCCUGCUCCUGCUCCUGCUCCUGCUCCUGCUCCUGCGGAAGACACAGUGACCACAGUUAUUGAGACCGUUGAUAAAGAAGAGGAGCCUCCCAUCACCUCAACUCCCUCCAUCCCAGCAGUAAGGAGGUCCAGGAGAGAGGCUGUAGUCAGGCAGUCACCGGAGACCACCCCAACAACUCCAAUCAGAAAAACCAGGAAACGCAAUGAGUCGAAGGAUGCUGCUGCUGCUGCUGCCGAUGACAGCCCUGCAAAGGUGUCCACCCCAAAGACACGCAAGUCCAAACGUGGCGUCUUCGUAGCAGAGAUGGUGUGCCCACCUGACUCAAAAGAAAGUCCAAUCAGGAUUAAAUUUACUAGAGUCCAUAGAAACGCGACCAAGGCUGAAAGUGGCAUAAACACUUCUUUGACUCCUAAAACAUCAGCUGACUCUAAAACACAGAGGCAGGCGAAGAAGUUGGUGGAGAAAGCCAAGGUCAUUCAGCAGAGUAAAAAAACUGCUGUCAAGGAGAAGGGCACCUUAAGGCGUUCAUCACGAACUGAGGCCUCCACCAGGAAGAGCUACUGUGAAGAUGAGGAUUCUGUCAUCUGCCUGGAGGACGCCCAGAGUACCACUCCCCAGACAGCAGGAAAGACUAAAACCCAGAAACCUUUACGCAGUCUGAAUGAAGUUCUGGGUAAAGCCCCAUCUGGUGGCAAAGAGGCCAAGGCUGUCCCAGGCUCCAAAGCGACCGCACUGGGCCAAGAGAAAACUGCUCGGAAGGUGUCUGCAGUGAUUUCCAUCUUUGAUGACAGCAGCAGAGAGGGCUCUGAGAACUCCCAGGAUGAUGAGCAGUUCAGGGCGCGCAGAGAGUUCUUGAAGAGCGGCCUGCCUGAGUCCUUCAGGAAACAGAUAGCCAAGACUGCUGCCACCAAGGAGGCCUACUCUCUCUCCUGUUCCUCCUUUCAACCUGUUAUUCACAUAAACCAAGCACCAAAUGAUUGUCCUCUUUGGGGUCUGUUGUGGCCUGAGUCUUCAUUACUGUCUCAUAUGAAAGAGCUUUGGAGUCAAACAUCCAUCCUGACUCCAUCUGUUAGCGGCUCCCUUUGUGUGAAGACGCAGCCAGCUCAUAGAGCCUUCUGUGAACGGGGUUCUGGCUGGAGGCCUGAGGUCUCUGAAAGUGUUCGUCAGCUUCUAAUGGAGGAGGUCAGCACCUGUAACCCUCCCUUCCCUGUUCAGAUGUUCCUCACUCGCUUCCUGAAGAGACGCGCCGACCACCAGCAGCAGUGCGCAGCCUCAGAACCAGAGGCUGUAACCAGAGCCACAAGCUCCACGCUGCCUGCUGAACAAGUAGGAGGGAAGAGGAAGAGGACAGAUGAUGAGGGGGAAACAACAGUGAAGGUGGCGAAGAAGCAACGAGCCUGUGUAGAAGAGAAAGUUUCCGAGCCUGCGCCAACAAAAAGGGGAGGCCGUACGAGGCGGUCUCGGAGAUCAAAGCCAGAGGAGGAGGUGGACGACAAAGCUAAGCCUUCAGUCAAGACUAGUCCCAUCCCAUCUGAAGACGACUGUAUGAUUGUGACUGAUGAGCAGCUUUUGGGAGAGAACACUGGAAAUAAAGAUGUGGUGAAGGAGGACGUGCUGUGGACAGACAAAUAUCAGCCUCAGCACUCCAGUGACAUCCUAGGCAACGCUGCCGCAGUGAGGAGGCUGCACAGCUGGCUGAAGGAAUGGAAACUACGCGCAGACCGAGAAGAGAGAAAGAAGCAGAAAGACAAGACACAAGAGGAAGGCAGCAAUGACUCAGACUGGGACUGCGGAGAAGAGGACACCCAGGAUGACGAGGACAUGUUAUGUAACACACUGCUUAUCACAGGACCCACUGGAGUGGGAAAGACUGCUGCAGUCUAUGCUUGCGCCCAGGAGCUUGGCUUCAAGGUAUUUGAGGUGAACGCUUCAUCUCAGCGGAGCGGCCGUCUCAUUCUGUCCCAGCUGAAGGAAGCCACUCAGUCACACCAGGUGGACAGUCAGGGGGUCAACGCCCACAAACCCACCUACUUCAACAGUUACGGCACAAGCAGCAGCGCUGGCGCUCUCAGGCCUGGAUCCUCUCCCAGAAAGGUUAACUCUCCUCGUAGGGUGGUGUCCUCUCCCAGGAAAAAUCCCCAGUCCCCAAGAGGUACAAAAAGAGGAGGCCUGGCUCCCACCUCUUUGGCUAACUUCUUCAAAAUGGGUCGACCCACCACCAAGGAGACACCCAACACUAAGAAGAACGAACAGCCAGCUGCUUCCAAGAAAGCCACAAAAGCAAAUGAAGGUGCCAGUAAGCAGAAGGACCCCGCAGUCAAAUCUCCAACAGCCACCACCCCUAAAGAGAAGAAUAGUGAGGAGCAGAGCAAGAAGACAGCCACCUCACUGAUCCUGUUUGAAGAAGUGGAUGUUAUUUUUGAUGAUGACUCAGGGUUUCUAGCUGCCAUCAAGACAUUUAUGACCACUACGAAGAGGCCAGUCAUCCUCACUACCAGCGAUCCUGCUUUCAGCGCCAUGUUUGAUGGCAACUUUGAAGAGAUCCAUUUCAGAACACCUUCAGUGAUGGAUGUGAGCAGCUUCCUGAGGGGGUUGUGUCUGACUGAGGACGUGAGGACAGACCUGUCGGACAUCAGCUCUCUGCUCAGACUCAAUGGAUGUGACAUCAGACAGAGUAUACUGCAGCUGCAGUUCUGGACUCGCAGCGCGGGCGGCCACCACGUGACCAGGCCACUGAUGCACACUGGAAAAGCUGAGACUGAUGAGGAGGCAGCUGCGUGUGCAGUGACGGACCCACCCACUCUCCCUCCCUGUGACACCGGCUGCACUGAGAGCAUGCUGGGCCUGCUGAAUGUUGAACCUAAGAGGGACAUUUGGGAGCUGCUCAGGAGCCAGAGUCCAUCGGAGGAGACACUACGCUGGGAGCUGCUGACAAACUGCAAGCGACGAGGAGUGGACCUGCUCUAUUCCAACAUGGAGACACUCUUACCUCUACCUCUCACACAGUUGACUACCUCUACCCACAAACCAGAGCAGUCUGUUUCUGCAUCACAAGACCAUCCUUCCGUUAAUCUGAAAGAGAUGCCAUCCCAUGCCAGGGUACUGCACACGUCAGAGUCAGCAGAUUGCUCAGAUGACGGCAGUCCAGUUAAAAUGUCAGACAGAAUGAGGAAGAACAAGAGGCGGCACGGUCUACCUGACCAGGAUGGACUGGACUCGGACUCAGAGGACAGUUUUCUAUCUCUCUGCAAGCCACAGGGCGCUCCUCAGGCAAAGGAGGAGGUCAAAGAGAGUUCAGUUUCACAGAGGGUGAAGAGAAAACCACUGACUCCAGAGGAGCGGGUAAAAAGUCUCCCAGUCUCCCAGUGUCUGGAAUCAAUAGCUGACUUUUUAGACAACAUGUCGUAUAUGGACUCAGCCUUGCCCGUUCAUCUAGAAGGGGGUGACGGCCUCAGAGGAAUGUCAAUAGCCAGUGCAGUGAUGAAAGACGGGAUGACAGAUGAAUCACGUGUUGAGACUGAGAGAGGGAACUGGAUGAGAGGAGAACAUGUCUCUGAGAUCUCAGCUGCUGUGGAGGCUCUGAGCUUCCACAAGUGUUGUGUUUCUGUAGCGGAGGCCUGGGACAAAGCCCAGAAACUAGAGGGGGAGCUGGGAAAAGAGGCUGCGGCAGAACUCACCCUCCCUGUGGCUGCUCAUCGACAAAGUCACAGCAUCACUCAGGAGGGUCCCUGUCAACCACAGCUGGCCCAGCGGAGGAGAGAGGUGAUGGAGAGUCUGACGUUCAGAGGAGUGUUUGGUACUCUGGGCAACAAACCAGCAGCUGCUCUGGACUACUUGCCAGCUCUUCGCACCAUCUGCAGAUCAGAGCAGCUGAAGGAGCAGGGCAAGGUUAAACGAAGGUUCCUGCACUACUUGGAUGCGAUCCACCUUGGUCUUGCAAAGAGCACUCUGCAGUACCUUGCUGAAGAUUUCCCCUGAACCACAGAGGAGAUCAGACGUGUCCUCAUGAUCACACAGAGUCCUGAAACAAAUACUGAGUGGUCACACUUUGAAGGUCCAAAUGUUUUGGCUGAAACACAUUUACAGGUUGUGUUGUGAAGCGAGGAUGAAUAGUCAGGCAGCAGUAUAAAUCAGUGUGCCUUCUGCCACCUUAAAAUCCUGACCUCGGCAUGAGAUGAGCUGGUCAGAGGUGUGUGUGCGCAGAGGACUGUCUGGUGAAGCUUCCACUUGUUUCUUCUAGGAUGAAAUGACUGAAUCACUGAAUACAGGAAAGGUAUUCUCACCUGAAGGGCACACAGCUAAAUAACCUCAAAUGCCUGAUUCAGCACAUCCUUUGGUGCUUUCAAAGACUGCACUAAAGAUUUUUACUUUAUAUGGUUUUUGUAAUAUUAAGCUGUGCUGGAGUCUGUUUUUUUGUACAGUAGUGUGUUGUACGCUGAGGCCUUUGCAUUUUGCAAAGUGUUUUUAUUAAGUAGAGUAUGUAUCGUUAAUGAUUUGUAAGAGAUUAACAUGUAAAAUAGAAUUUGUAAAGGCUGUGUGUAAAUUGUCACUUUCCACACGAAGUACUGUUGAUGCACUCAGGAUCUUAUCCAAGUUAUAAACGGCAGACGGCUUUUCACAGAAAGUUUGUCAGCUUCAUCACCGUCACAUUCAACACUGAUUUUCUUUUUUCUUUUUUUUACUUUUUAUUUGAUCUUUUUUCACCCACAGAGUAAUCAUUUGCGUAUCAGUUACUCACCAUGUUUCUUUUAGUUGCUGAAGAAAGCUUUGUUUUUCUUGCUUGCCUUUACGAUGAUCGGAGAAUCCAAAGACGUAGAAAAUGAACUGAAGUUAAAAGACUGUGUUUAACUAUAUAAAAACAUUGAUUUAAAAACCCUGAUGUAACUCCUGCAGUAUAAUCCAAGUCUUAUGCUGCAGUCAUGUGCUCCUCAGAUGGUCCUUUUCUGCGAGGUAGAAAGUCGUUCUUCCCACUUUGGUGUGUUCAUUAGCUUUUUAGUCAUAAUAUGGAAAGAAUAUGUGCUGCUUUUUAUACCCCAGAGCAUUAAACGUCCUAGUGAAGAUUCGUGUUGCUAUCCAAGUAUGGUGAAACAAAUGUUAGCUUUAUAUAACAGUAAUUUUGUCCCAGACUUGUUGCUGUACCCGUACUCCCUAAAACCACUAAAAUCUUGCUUUAUCUUUGUUAUCUACGGAAGCACAUUGCAUUCACUGAAUAAAUAAAAAAAAUCUCGUAAUUACAAGAUCUUUUCUCGUAAUUACAACAUAUCUCAAUUCGCCUCUGUAGUCUACAGGUAUAACGCUUUUAUUCUGAAAAAUGUUGACUGGAAGUACCGUCCAACUGUUUCUUGGUGGACUCACUUUAAAAUCAGCUAGCAUUAACGUUAUUACGGUAUCAGCAAAAGGCCUUAAGGUAUAUGACGUCAGGGUCUCGUAAUUACGACAUCAGGAUGUGUCGAUUUUUUUUUUUUUUUUUUUUUUUUUAUUCAGUGAAUGCAAUGUGCUUCCGUAGUCAGGGUUAAUGCUAACAAAAAGCUUUUUAGUUACGAAUACAACCUAAUACCAGAUUACAAGUUACACGUGAGCAAAAAGUAAUAUGCCAUACGUGAAUUAAUAAAAACUUUAACAUAAAUCAAAUGUUUACAUACAUCCGCCAUGUUUACUGCGUAAUAUGACAUCAGCUUGACCAGUUGUGUACCAAAAUUUUCACCUAUCUAAGUUGUGCUGACUUUAGGGGGCGUUCAUGUGGAUUUUCCAAGUAGAGAAAUCAUUUUUCCAAUGAUUCCAACACGACAUGAAUGCAGCAUUUUUCAAAACCUCACUAUUUAAACGCUGAAAUAUUAACAGUCUCAUGAACUGAGGCGCUGCACCCAAGGCAAGUGUGUGCAUUUGAACGCAGCACGUGCACUUACACAAGUGCUCUGCUGGUGUGCGUUGGUUAAACAUGGUGCAGUUUUACUCCUCUUGGAAGAAUUUUCUGUUUUUGGAUUCUUCGUUCACCAUGGAGGCAUGUGAGAGAAAGUUUACUUCUCAAGCUCAACAUAACACAGGGUGAGGAACUGAUUUACAAAUGAUCAUUUUGUUGGUGCAGUGUUCCUUUAAUAUGUACACAUUAUUCACAGUGGGGUUUUGUUGUGACCAAAUAAAGGUUUAUAACAACUACAUAAAUAA